GGCGGGCCCUCGGCGCUCCAAGAGCUGCCCAGCAACUUUUCCCUGCUCUCACCAGGCGAGGGAGAGAAGCCCUCUGGACAGCUUCUAGAGUGUGCAGGUUCUCGUAUCCCUCGGUCAAGGGUAUCCUCUGUAAACCUCUGCAAACCCAGCGCAACUACGGUCCCCCGGACAGACCCAGGAUGGGACCAGGACGGACAGGGUCCUCGCCGCUGCCGCUGCUGCUGGUGGUAGCGCUCAGUCAAGUAACCCAUCAGAACUCGGCUAUAGCUCCUACAGACUGCAAGUUGAGAAGACAGGCCCAUAUCAUCUUCACUUGUAUCAAGGGUUCUUGGCACUAUUUUAUUCAAUGAGUGAAGAAUCUAUGAACCAUGUAUGACAGCUACCGUAAUGGGAUUAAAGACACUUUCUGAAUGAAGGCCAAGCUGAGAAAUUUCUACUUCUUUCCAAUUAGUAUAUGCAAAAAUAAUUCUAUUUGCUGAUUACAGUCCAUUUUCACUUGAGGAAUGGCAAUCUUCUAGUUAAGAUUUCCACACUUCCAUGGGUCAGAACCCUUUAAGGGAGAGGGAAGACAUUCUGUUUGCCAGAGCACUUGACUGCAUUUUAAAUUGUUGUUUGGCAUACAAUGUUGGUCUCCCAGAAGCGAAAAUAUUUUCCGGUCCUUCAAGUGAACAGUUUGGCUAUGCAGUGCAGCAGUUCAUAAAUCCAAAAGGCAACUGGUUACUGGUUGGUUCACCCUGGAGUGGCUUUCCUGAGAACCGAAUGGGAGAUGUGUAUAAGUGUCCUGUUGACCUAUCCACUGCCACAUGUGAAAAACUAAAUUUGCAAACUUCAACAAGCAUUCCAAAUGUUACUGAGAUGAAAACCAACAUGAGCCUCGGCUUGACCCUCACAAGGAACAUGGGAACUGGAGGGUUUCUCACAUGUGGUCCUCUGUGGGCACAGCAGUGUGGGAAUCAGUAUUACACAACGGGUGUGUGUUCUGACAUCAGUCCUGAUUUUCAGCUCUCAGCCAGCUUCUCACCUGCAGCUCAGCCGUGCCCUUCCCUCAUAGAUGUUGUGGUUGUAUGUGAUGAAUCAAAUAGUAUUUAUCCUUGGGAUGCAGUGAAGAAUUUUUUGGAAAAAUUUGUACAAGGCCUGGAUAUAGGCCCCACAAAGACACAGGUGGGGUUAAUUCAGUAUGCCAAUAAUCCAAGAGUUGUGUUUAACUUGAACACAUAUAAAACCAAAGAAGAAAUGAUUGUAGCAACAUCCCAGACAUCUCAAUAUGGUGGGGACCUCACAAACACAUUUGGAGCAAUUCAAUAUGCAAGAAAAUAUGCUUAUUCAGCAGCUUCUGGUGGACGACGAAGUGCUACCAAAGUAAUGGUAGUUGUAACUGAUGGUGAAUCACAUGAUGGUUCAAUGUUGAAAGCUGUGAUUGAUCAAUGCAACCAUGACAAUAUACUGAGGUUUGGUAUAGCAGUUCUUGGGUACUUAAACAGAAAUGCCCUUGAUACUAAAAAUUUAAUAAAAGAAAUAAAAGCAAUCGCUAGUAUUCCAACAGAAAGAUACUUUUUCAAUGUGUCUGAUGAAGCAGCUCUACUAGAAAAGGCUGGGACAUUAGGAGAACAAAUUUUCAGCAUUGAAGGUACUGUUCAAGGAGGAGACAACUUUCAGAUGGAAAUGUCACAAGUGGGAUUCAGUGCAGAUUACUCUCCUCAAAAUGAUAAUCUGAUGCUGGGUGCAGUGGGAGCUUUUGGCUGGAGUGGGACCAUUGUCCAGAAGACAUCUCAUGGCCAUUUGAUCUUUCCUAAACAGGCCUUUGACCAAAUUCUGCAGGACAGAAAUCACAGUUCAUAUUUAGGUUACUCUGUGGCUGCAAUUUCUACUGGAGAAAGCACCCACUUUGUUGCUGGUGCUCCUCGGGCAAAUUAUACUGGCCAGAUAGUGCUGUACAGUGUGAAUGAGAAUGGCAAUGUCACAGUUAUUCAGGCUCACCGAGGUGACCAGAUUGGCUCCUAUUUUGGUAGUGUGCUGUGUUCAGUUGAUGUGGAUAAAGACACUAUUACAGAUGUGCUCUUGGUAGGUGCACCAAUGUACAUGAAUGACCUAAAGAAAGAGGAAGGAAGAGUCUACCUGUUUACUAUCAAAAAGGGCAUUUUGAGUCAGCACCAAUUUCUUGAAGGCCCCGAGGGCAUUGAAAAUGCUCGAUUUGGUUCAGCAAUUGCAGCUCUUUCAGACAUCAACAUGGAUGGCUUUAACGAUGUGAUUGUUGGUUCGCCACUAGAAAAUCAGAAUUCUGGAGCUGUAUACAUUUAUAAUGGUCAUCAGGGCACUGUCCGCACGAAGUAUUCCCAGAAAAUCUUGGGAUCCGAUGGAGCCUUUAGGAGCCAUCUCCAGUACUUUGGGAGGUCCUUGGAUGGCUAUGGAGAUUUAAAUGGGGAUUCCAUCACUGAUGUGUCCAUUGGUGCCUUUGGACAAGUGGUUCAACUCUGGUCACAAAGUAUUGCUGAUAUAGCUAUAGAAGCUUCAUUCACACCAGAAAAAAUCACUUUGGUCAAUAAGAAUGCUCAGAUAAUUCUCAAACUCUGCUUCAGUGCAAAGUUCAGACCUACUAAGCAAAACAAUCAAGUGGCCAUUGUAUAUAACAUCACACUUGAUGCAGAUGGAUUUUCAUCCAGAGUAACCUCCAGGGGGUUAUUUAAAGAAAACAAUGAAAGGUGCCUGCAGAAGAAUAUGGUAGUAAAUCAAGCACAGAGUUGCCCCGAGCACAUCAUUUAUAUACAGGAGCCCUCUGAUGUUGUCAACUCUUUGGAUUUGCGUGUGGACAUCAGUCUGGAAAACCCUGGCACUAGCCCUGCCCUUGAAGCCUAUUCUGAGACUACCAAGGUCUUCAGUAUUCCUUUCCACAAAGACUGUGGUGAGGAUGGACUUUGCAUUGCUGAUCUAGUUCUAGAUGUCCGACAAAUACCAGCUGCUCAAGAACAACCCUUUACUGUCAGCAACCAAAACAAAAGGUUAACAUUUUCAGUAACACUGAAAAACAAAAGGGAAAGUGCAUACAACACUGGAAUUGUUGUUGAUUUUUCAGAAAACUUGUUUUUUGCAUCAUUCUCCCUGCCGGUUGAUGGGACAGAAGUAACAUGCCAGGUGGCUGCAUCUCAGAAGUCUGUUGCCUGUGAUGUAGGCUACCCUGCUUUAAAGAGAGAACAACAGGUGACCUUUACUAUUAACUUUGACUUCAAUCUUCAAAACCUUCAGAAUCAGGCAUCUCUCAGUUUCCAAGCCUUAAGUGAAAGCCAAGAAGAAAACGAGGCUGAUAAUUUGGUCAACCUCAAAAUUCCUCUCCUGUAUGAUGCUGAAAUUCACUUAACAAGAUCUACCAACAUAAAUUUUUAUGAAAUCUCUUCGGAUGGGAAUGUUCCUUCAAUCGUGCACAGUUUUGAAGAUAUUGGUCCAAAAUUCAUCUUCUCCCUGAAGGUAACAACAGGAAGUGUUCCAGUAAGCAUGGCAACUGUAAUCAUCCACAUCCCUCAAUAUACCAAAGAAAAGAACCCACUGAUGUACCUAACUGGAGUGCAAACAGACAAGGCUGGUGACAUCAGUUGUAAUGCAGAUAUCAAUCCACUGAAAAUAGGACAAACAUCUUCUGUAUCUUUCAAAAGUGAAAAUUUCAGGCACACCAAAGAAUUGAACUGCAGAACUGCUUCCUGUAGUAAUGUUACUUGCUGGUUGAAAGACCUUCACAUGAAAGGAGAAUACUUUGUUAAUGUGACUACAAGAAUUUGGAACGGGACUUUUGCAUCAUCCACGUUCCAGACAGUACAGCUAACGGCAGCUGCAGAAAUCAACACCUAUAACCCUGAGAUAUACGUGAUCGAAGAUAACACUGUUACGAUUCCCCUGAUGAUAAUGAAACCUGAUGAGAAAGCCGAAGUACCAAUAGGAGUUAUAAUAGGAAGUAUAAUUGCUGGAAUCCUUUUGCUGUUAGCUCUGGUUGCAAUUUUAUGGAAGCUCGGCUUCUUCAAAAGAAAAUAUGAAAAGAUGACCAAAAAUCCAGAUGAGACUGACGAGACCACAGAACUCAAUAGCUGAACCAGCAGACCUACCUGCAAUGGGAACUGGCAGCAUCCCAGCCAGAGUUUGCUGUUUGCGUAAAUGGAUUUCUUUUUAAAUCCCAUUUUUUUUUUUUUUUUAUCAUGCCAUAGGUAAACUAACCUGGUAUUUUAAGAGAAAACUGCAGGUCAGUUUGGCAUGCAGAUAUUGUGGGGGGUUGGGGAGGUGCGGGGAGCGGGUAGGGAUAUAAUGGGUAAAAGACUUAUUUUAUAUGAUGGGGAGAAAAAGUAAUCUUUAAACUGGCUGGCCCAGAGUUUACAUUCUAAUGUGCAUUUUGUCAGAAACAUGAAAUGCUUCCAAGCAUGAUAACUUUUAAAGAAAAAUAUGAUACUCUCAGAUUUUAAGGGGAAAAACUGUUUUCUUUAAAAUACUUGUCUUUAAACAGCAACAACAAAAGCGGAAGUGCCUGAUAUGUAAGUACUUCCACUUGUGUAUAUUUUAAUAACUAUUGAUGUUAACAAAAACACAGGUUGCUUUUCAAUUUAUGCUGCUCAUCCAAAGUUGCCACAGAUGAUACUUCUAAGUGAUAAUUUUAUUUAUAAACUAGGUAAAAUUUGUUGUUGGUUCCUUUUAGAGCACGGCUGCCCCUUCCACACCCCAUCUUGCUCUAAUGAUCAAAACAUGCUUGAAUAACUGAGCUUAGAGUAUACCUCCUAUAUGUCCAUUUAAGUUAGGAGAGGGGGCGAUAUAGAGACCAAGGCACAAAAUUUUGUUUAAAACCCAGAAUAUAACAUUUAUGUAAAAUCCCAUCUGCUAGAGGCCCAUCCUGUGUCAGAGGAAGGAAAUGGAGGACAUUUCCUUUCUCUUUUAGGAGGCACAACAGUUAUCUUUUAGGACUUGUUUGGGUGACUGGCAGUAACCUAGUGAAUUUCUGAAAGAUGAGUAUUUCUUUGGCAACCUUCCUCCUCCCUUACUGAACCACUCUCCCACCUCCUGGUGGUCCCAUUAUUAUAGAAGGCCUCUACAGCCUGACUUUCUCUCCACUGGUCCAAAGUUAUCCCCUCCUUUACCCCUCAUCCAAAGUUCCCACUCCUUCAGGACAGCUGCUGUGCAUUAGGUAUUGGGAAAAGUCACCUGUUUAAUUUACACACUUGCAUGAAUUACUGUAUAUUACCUCCUUACCUUCAGGAAGCUAUUUUCAUUUAGUGCUAAACAAGUAAGAAAAAUAAGCUCGAGUGAAUUUCUAAAUGUUGGAACGCGAGGGGAUGUAAACAAUGUAAAGUAAAACAUCUCAGGAUUUCAUGAGAAGUUACAGAUGAGGCACUGGAAGCCACCAAAUUGGCAGGUGCACCCUCUGUGGCUGUCUUGUUUCUGAAGAACUUAAACUUCCACAAGAAAGAAUUUGACCUAGGCAAGUUUGUUCAAAAGGUAGAUCCUGAGAGGAUUUGGUCAGAUUGGGAUAAGGCCCAGCAAUAUGCAUUUUAACAGGCGCCCCAGUCACUAGGUUGCAGACGGACCACACUUUGAGAAACACCACCCAUUUCUACUUUUCGCACCUAAUUUUCUCUGUUCCUGAGCCCCCACAUUCUCUAGGAGAAACUUAGAGGAAAAGGGCACAGACACUACAUAUCUAAAGCUUUGGACAAGUCCUUGACCUCCAUAAACUUCAGAGUCCUCAUUAUAAAAUGGGAAGACUGAGCUGGAGUUCAGCAGUGAUGCUUUUAGUUUUAAAAGUCUAUGGUCUGGAUUUCUAUAAUACAAAUAGACAAUCUUCCAAGAAUUUGACUUGGAAAAAAACGUCAGAGGAAAACAGGUUAUCUGCCCAUGCGCAUAUGGACGACCUUGACUGCCCUGGCCCAGCCCCUAUGUUGGCAGUCCAGGGCUAUCUGUACUGUUUACAGAAUUACUUUGUAAUUGACAACACAAAACAAACAAGAAAAAAAGGCAUAAAAUGUCAGGGUUUUAUAGAAAAAAUGGCAUGGUAUUCUCUAGUUAGGUAUGCCAGAGUCCAAUUCUUUUAACAGCUGUGAGAAUUCGCUGUUUUGUUCCAACGAAAAUUUUAUUUAAAAAAAAAAAAAAAAAAAA